AUGGAUCUAUCAAACCAACAAAUUGUUGAUUGUCCAAGCUUCAAGCUCGUAAUCGUAGGCGAUGGCGGUACUGGUAAAACAACUUUUCUCAAAAGGCAUCUGAAUGGCGAAUUCGAUAGAAAAUACGAACCUACUAUUAGUGUGGAGGUUCAUCCAUUAGACUUCUUCACGAAUUACGGAAAAAUUCGAUUUAAUUGUUGGGAUACAGUUGGACAAGAGAAUUUUGGAGGUGUUCGUGAUAAUUACUACAUUCAUGGCCAAUGUGCAAUUAUCAUGUUUGAUUUUACAGUCCGCCUGAGCUACAUGAAUGUACCUACAUGGCAUCGCGAUCUUUUUAAGUUUUGUGAAAAUAUCCCUUUUGUUCUUUGCGGAAACAAAAUUGAUAUCAAACACAAACAGGUUAAGGCGAAGGAGAUUAACUUCUACCGGAGGAAGAAAAAUUGGCCGUAUUAUGAGAUCUCGGCGAAGAGUAAUUAUAAUUUAGAGUUGCCUUUUUUAUUCUUAGCUAGAAAGCUUGUUGGGGUCGAUAAUCUUCAUUUUGUGGAGUCGCCUGCACUUGCUCCGCCGGAAGUGAUUUUUGAUUUAGAUACGGAGAAAUGGCGGGAAAUAGAGUUUUUGAAUUGCAUUGGUAAACUGCCACUUCCGGAUGAGGAUGAUGAUUUAGCCGAUGAUCUACGCGGCUUUGAUGAAUAG